GUGACGAAUGGUCGCGUGCUUUGGUCGCCAUCUUGCGAAGUUUGCUUGUAAUAUUUGUUUCGUGUUUGUGUAUUGAUGAUACGCUACACUGUGACAGUUUGUGAAUUGUACAAUUUUGUUUUUUGACAUUUUCUGUAUUGACGUGAGUUUAGAGUGAGAAAAAACUUUUUAUUUGUUUAUUUUGUGGAUUUAAAACUUCUUUGAAAAGUUGCUGUUUUACGUGAAGAUAAUGAAAGACAAACGAAACAAAUGUCAGGCCACGGUAUAAUGUCAACAUGAGAUGCAACAAAACAAAAUGGCGGUGAUUCAGAAAAAGCGCGUGCAUAUGGACGAGUUGAGACGCAGAAAUAGAUCGAGUGUGUGGGACCGGAAGCGGGGGUGGACGGAUGUCUGGUUCCUGUGGUGCUUUGUUGUCGGUUGCCAUGGUUACCAGGAACAGAGAUUCGCGAUGGAACCACAGGAUCAGAGUGCGAUUGUUGGAUCUCGAGUGACAUUACCAUGUCGAGUAGAACACAAAGUCGGGACACUGCAGUGGACCAAAGAUGACUUCGGAUUAGGGACUCAUAGAAACCUGAGUGGCUAUGAUCGUUACUCCAUGAUCGGCAGUGACGAAGAAGGAGACUACUCUUUAGACAUAAGGGAUCUGUCUCUAGAAGACGACGGAAUCUACCAGUGCCAAGUUAGCUCCGGACUUAAUGGUGAACCAGCAAUUCGUUCAAGAUAUGCACACCUCUCAGUACUGGUAGCACCGGAGCCACCACGGAUAAUCCAGGGUGCCUUCAUAGAUGCCACUGAAGGUGAACCCAUAGAUAUUGAAUGCGUCUCGGAAGGUGGAAAACCUGCUGCUGAAAUAACGUGGGUUGACGGAUACCAGAACGUAAUUAAGGAUCAAGUUACCAACAAAGUUGAACUGAUGUCCGACGAACAAAGGUAUAGGACGAGAUCGGUGUUGCGGCUAUCUCCCAAAAAGUCUCACCAUAACCAGACAAUCACAUGUCAAGCACAGAAUACAGCAGACCGAGCGUAUAGAAUGGCCACUGUACAUAUAGAGGUUAAAUACGCACCGAGUAUAAACAUUAGUGUGAUAUCUGGUGCUGACAAUGACUGGAUGCCAGAAGGAAGUGAGGUCAGAUUCCAAUGCAACGUAGAUGCAAACCCUAGAGCCCAGGUCUAUCGAUGGUAUAUCAAUGGUGCCCCAGUGGUUGGUGACUACGCUGAGGAAAUGAUAAUUUUCAAUGUGUCCCGUAAGCACAAUAAGGCGGCCGUAAAAUGUGAAGUUAGCAACACUGUGGGGAAAAACGACGCCGUGCUACAACUGAAUGUUACUUAUCCACCGUCAUUCCGAACGCGACCUCAGAACAUAGAAGCAGAGAUGGGCUCCAGUGCAACCCUGAGUUGCGAUGUUGAAGGUUAUCCUCAGCCAGAGAUCAGAUGGAUCUUCCACGAACCUGGUCGGAUCGGGCAGGUCAAAGGAAAGGCUCCGAACUUGAAGAUAAAAGUGGAGAAAGAGACAGCUGGACGGUAUAUAUGUAAAGCUAGUAUAGACGGCUACCCAGAGAUCGAGUCUGAAGCAACUUUAUUUAUCAAAGGUCCACCUCAAAUUAUAUCAAACAGAACACAAAUAGGUUCUGAAGGUGACAAAGUAUCAGUAGAGUGCGAAGCAAUGUCUGUUCCUAAGCCUGAUGAUAUACGCUGGUACUUUGAAGGUAGAGAGAUUAAUAUUAUUCAAGAUCCGGACUAUGCGAUACAAUUGGACGAGGAUUCAUCAAGUGGAAUUGUCAAAUCAAGUCUAGUUAUACGUGCAGCUCAAUCAAAGCACUACGGAGUAUACAAUUGCAGUGUCACUAAUGACUAUGGAAACGCUAAUGCUGCAAUACUACUAAAGCCUUUAAAAACAUUACCACUAUUUAUAAUUAUAAGUGGUGCAACCUCUGGUAUAAUCUUCUUCGCCGCUUUUGUCAUUCUUGUCAUUUUGUGCCAAAGAAAGAGACGGCAGAAAACUAAAAUUAACGAGAAGCCUGAUGUGACUGUGUCCACAGGGGAUCCUUAUAAAGAAAGCGAUAGCAGUUCCAAUAUAAGCGAUUUAAAGUUGCAUUUACCUCAAGAUGGUAGCUACGAUUUGGAAUACACAAGCUCAGAUCGUUCAGAUAAAAAGAAUGCCGGUCUUCCAUUGGCUGGGCCGGUUCCAUUGCCUAAUAUACGUCAUGACGAUCCAAUGCUGCAGUUUAGAUACAGCAAUGAUUACUCUGACCCUAGCUAUGCGGAUCAUUAUUUUAAGAAUCCAGCCGCUUACGUUUACGACUACCCUCAAGGUUAUGUCCCUCCUCCACACUUAAGGGUACAAUCACCUUCUAAUUUGGAUGUUACUUCAUCUAGAUCACACCAGGGAUCUCUGACGCGCAGUAUUGACACAGCAUCUACAAUACCGCUCAACAGUACUGGGUCACAAAACAAUUCAUUAAAACGAGGCAAACACGAAGAAACCGAUGCCAUAAACCAUUUGGGACUACCGUUAGGAAGCAAUGGUGAAGGUCCACAAGUGCCAGUAUACUCUCAAACGAACAAACAACCCGUAGUGGAUGUACGGUACGCCGCAACUUACGGAAAUCCGUACCUAAGGAAUAGCACGCUUGGUUACGGCAACCAAGUACACACCGCUCGACCAACAUCGACUCCAGCGCCACCACCGUAUUCGGCGCGAGCUCUCUCAGGUAACGACAUUGCAGACGACUAGGAAUCGGAAAUAUACAGAGUUCGAAUGCGACACACGUAUAGCGGAACGCUGCAAGAUUAGUGUUUGGUCUUUACGACGAAUAAUUGUAUUAUAUGUUCCUACGAAUAUUGACUGAUUGUAAAUAUAACAUGUAAAUAGUGAAAAUACUUAAAGUCUGUUUUAUUAGUGAAAUAUUUAGCGAUGUGAACUGGGUUUUAUGCAUUUAAUUUGUUAAUUAAUAGAUGUUUAUUUAGGGUUGCCACACAUACUAAAUAAAAAUUGUAAGUGAAUAAAUUAUAAACUUAUAAAAACGAAUUUCGAAAGUUAAAUAGUAUAGUUCAAUUUAUGAUCUCUUUUUAUUUUGGAUUUUCAAAUUUAUGAUGAAGGGAUCAGAUUAACUAUUGUGUCAAUUUCAAAUGAUAAGUGCCAUACAAGUAUUUCUCAUUGUAAAUACAUCUAACUGUAACAGAGAUAGAAAGUUACUAUCCUACAGACGUUAUAUAUAAUAAUUUUACAAUGAGAGAAUAAUAUUGAAUUUGUAAAUAAAUAGUACUUUAUAUUAUUCUUUAACCAGUAGUCCAUCUUUAGAAGACAAGUCUACAGCUGGCAACCCUAAAAAUUUUGCAUGUUUUUAUCUGAUUCUUAUUUUUUAUAUUAUUAUUUAGCUCAAAGAUUCUUACGUUAUAAAUAAAUGAAUAUGAUUGUAUUAUAUUAGAUUUAAAAAAAAAUGAAAUGGAAAAUAUAAAAAGUGAAAUGGUUAGAUUCAAGUACCAUUAUUUAUUUAAAGACUUUUAGUUUUUGUUUAAAACUUAUGGUUUUAAAUAUUUGUUAUUAUAACCAUUUCAUUUUCAGCUUUAAAUGUCCCUUGAGAAGUUAUGUAAAAAAGGUAAAGUGGAGUGUAUACCAUGAUAUUAUAUUAGAGGAGAAAUUUAAUUCGCGUUACCUCAAAGUGUCCUAAUUGGGAAACAUUUUGACAGUGAUUACACAAACGGUGUAUGCUGACGCAUAAGUGACAAACUUCACUCUAGUGUUAACUAGAAGUCCUCUUUUUCUUAUUGUUUUAUAUGUACUCUUAUUAAGUACGUUCUUUUUUAGAAAAUCAUUGGGUGUAUAGAAUAUCGUAUAUAAAUGAAACUUAUCUGAUUUAAUAUCAUGUCAUUUUAUUUAUAUUAUCAUGAUUUAUAUCUCUAAAGUCAACUUUCUUUUCGCCCUCGAGGUUUUACCUUGUUACACCCUGUUCUACUCGCAGUUAUAACUAUUUUGAUAUUUGGUAGAUUUGACUGUGAAAUUAUCUGCCGUAUUUUUGUUUUGAUACACAAAGAAAUAUAAUAAGUUGCUGCAGAAGUUUGUAAAUACUUUGCUCAAAGAUUAUUUUAAUAAAGUAUCUCAUUUAUAUAAAUGCUUAUAUCGAGCAUAAAAAUUUAUCACGUAAAUGCAAUUGCAAAUUUUCAAAGUUAUGAAAACGGAAUAUCUUUCCUCAAUAUAGGAUUUCUCUUUUGACUUUUUUAUUUCAUUGAUAAAAACAUUAGGAUAAAACAAAGUGGUCAGAUUCUGUAAAUUAUUCGAAAGUAUCGAAUUUUUAAUCGAAAAAAAAAAACGAACGAAAUUUGGAAAAAUAAAAUCUAAAAAAGUUCUGUGAUAAAAUAAAAUUUUAGAAUAUUGUGGUCAGUAUCUGUGUGAUUAUUUUUUAUGAUUUUGUUACGGUGGAUAUGCGAUUUGGGCAACUUAUAAUGUAACUAUUAUGUGAAGAAGUAUUCUGUUAUUAUUUGUAAAAAAUACACAUAUUAUUAAUUUUACACUCAAUGAUUGUAAGAGUAAUUAAUGUAAAUCUUAAAUUAAUGUAUUUUUCACUUUUCUGUACUACAAUUUUUAUUAUUACAAUAAUUUGUAAAUAUGAUUUAUAAAACUUAUUUGAAAAAAAAAAAAAAUUUAAUAAUACUCUUAUUAUUCAAAUCUCUUAAAUGAUUAUCAUUAUUAGUGUUAAUUUCGGUAAGUUUUACAAAAUUACUUCGGCAUGAGGUGUAUUCUCUACAAGAGGCAUUUUCAGGAGAUGUUGACUGUUUACACGAGAGCUUACGUGAGAGUGCUCUCUAGUGAAAUUUAUGGAAAUUAAACUAAAGUUCAUCUUUUAUACCAUUUAAAAUAUCAAUGGAAUUUACAAAAUAACGAGUAAUUCUAUUAACUACAAUCAUUACUUUUUUCAUUAUUGACUAGGCAAUGAUGUAUUGUGACCAGAUUCGCAUAUCAACCGUAACGUGACUUAUAUUUAUGUAGGUAGUGCAUGUUAGUGUUUUGCAAGCGAUUGUAAUAAGCUAUAUCCACUUCUGUUUGACAAAUAAAAUAUUCGACAGAG